CCUGUAUUUCCCGCCAAAUGUUCGAAAAUGGCGGCAAAACAAAUGGAUAUAAAGACAGAAUGCAUCAACGAAGAAAAUGAAGAAAUCCCUGAGAAAAAAUUAAACGAUUCUGAGACUCAACCAUGCAUGGUUAAGAAACGAAGCGAUUACUUACAUUGGGAUGAAUAUUUUAUGGCUGUUGCAUUUUUGUCAGCCCAAAGAAGUAAAGAUCCUAACUCCCAAGUUGGAGCAUGCAUUGUAAAUGAAGAAAAAAAGAUAGUGGGAAUUGGUUAUAAUGGAAUGCCAAAUGGUUGUAGCGAUGAUACCUUACCUUGGGCAAGGAAAGCUGAUGAUGAUCUAGAUACCAAAUAUCCUUAUGGUUUGUAUUUUGCCACGUCGUAAUAGAGCUUUAUCUCGCUUAAUUUUGAGUUGAUUUAAAAUUUGAUGGUGGGUAGCACUUUAUAAAUUUCAGAAAUUAUGAAACGAGCAGGUCAAUAUUAAGACAAUAUUAAUAGUACAAAAAAUUUGGUGGCUUUAGUUGGAAAACUGUGAUGCUGGGGGCUAUUUUUAUUGUAAUAUAUGGGGAUUUACAUGGGAUUGGUGGAGGUGGACAGGAUUCUAUGCACAAUUCUCAUAUAUUUCCAAUUAUAUUUUCUGUUUUUAGAAACAAUCGUACUACCACAUUCUUAAAAUAACGAAGUGACUAUAUGACCGGCAGCCGGUCACAGUUUAUCAAAUACUAAAUGGCCGGCAGUCUAGUGACUAUUGUUAAAGUUGAAUUUUUAUAAGAUAAACCUAUCCCCAACCCCAAACCCUUUUCUAACCCUAACCCCUAACCCUAACCUUUUGAGAGUUAGAAAAGUCGGGAAAAAAAGUUUAAAAAAUUUUAAGAAAAAACAAUGGUAAGUCAGACAAAACACAUCCCCACCCCGACUGCGUUUAACUUUCCGCACGCAGCGCCCUUGCCGUAUGAGCUAACGGCAAGCUCAAUAAAAGUUAACGCAAAUAAAAGUUUUUAUAUUCAACUAUAGUGACUAGACUGCCGGCCAUUUAGUAUUUGAUAAACCGUGACCGGCUGCCGGUCAUAUAGUCACUUUGUUAAAAUAAAGUCACCAAAUUUUGUGUACUUGCUAAUUUUGACUGGGUCUUCAUUCCUGGUAUUUAUAGACUGCUAACACAAAAUUGAAAUUUACUCAAAAUGGGUUGUUCCAGAAAAUAUCCACACUGUCUCCACAGAGGAAAUUUCUGCCGAAGGGGAGGGGGGGAAAGUUUGUUUUUGAUAUUAGUAAAUAGUAAGUGUAUUAGGACAUCCAAAGGGGGUUAGCUUCCAAUUUCCUCUAUGGGGGUGAUAUGGAUGUUUUACAGAAUGACUUGAUGUGAUAAAGGUCUAUUACUAUUGAGCUGCAAUGAUCAAUGUAGUGCCCCCCCCCCCCCAUGGUGAGGGCUGCCUCCAUCAUCCAGGAGGCGAAAGGGAUGUGUAUAUUAAACGGUGGCCCAAUGUACCCUAUAGUUGGGGUAGCCAGGUGGGCUAUCUCAUACAUAGGAAAGCCCUUCUACCCAUUACUAAAUGAAUAUUUUCUUUCUAGUGUGCCAUGCAGAGAUGAAUGCAAUUUUAAACAAAAAUUCAUCAGAUGUGAAAGGAUGUACAAUAUAUGUGGCAUUGUUUCCAUGCAAUGAAUGUGCAAAAUUAAUAAUUCAAUCUGGUAUUAAAAAAAUUGUUUACCUAUCAGAUAAAUAUCAUCAUCAACCAAAUAUGAAAGCUUCAAGAAUAUUACUUGAUAUGGCCAAAAUUAAAUAUGUGUAAGUAUGACUUAUUACCAAAAUCCUUUCUCUCGCUUGAAAAACAGUGCAAUAUUUUCACGUCAAAACAUCAAGGAAUGUUGUUGUGAAAUUGACAUCAUGGGAAUGGUGAUAUCUAAAAAUAGUUUCACAUUUUAACAAUAGUCGUAUUCCUGAAUGUUUUGAUACAAAAACAUGACAUGUUUUUUCCAGUGACAGUAAUCAUCCACAGCUUUGGCAAUAGCGGUUUUUCCAGAAAACAUUCCUAGGUUAACUGUCUGGUUAGUGAUAUUAUGGUAAACACUGUAUGGUAUGCCCAAGGGAAGAAUUUCUUUCUUUGGUUAACUCUCAACAAACCAAAGAAUUAUAAAAGAGAUGUUUUUGGGUGCCUGAGGUAUGACAGAAGUUUGACACUAACCAGGUGUAAAAAAAAAUACCUGUAGUUCCGGUUUCAUAUCGUGAAAAAAUUAGGGUCGGUAGGUCGGAAAUGUUUUUUUUAAUAUUUUUUUCAUGGUUUUGGCGUUUUUUGCUGGGCGAUUUGCAGUAGAGUCUCGACAUCAAUAUUAACUAGAGAUGCAUAUUUCCUAUGGACGUAUUUAGGCAAUUUGGUUCAAUAAUUAGUGUGACAACAGACACCAUUUUGGCACGCUGUAUGAGCAGCCCGCAACCACCUGGAGAAAAUAGGGUCGCACAGUCAAUCGCGUUGGAAAAAUAAUAGGGUCGGCAGAAAAAAAAUAGGGUCGGUCGGGAACUGGAACCACAGGUAUUUUUUUUAUGCCCCAUGUCAAAUCCAGUCUUUUUGGGCACACCUUUUUUGUUUGCAAGUACUGUACUUCCACACUGUGAUUUCAGAGGACCCUGGGACCCUUAUGACAUAUUUUUAAUUUUUUCAAACAGCAAUACCCAACAGGGGCCAUCCUUUGAAAAGGGGAGCUAACAAGUAUGCCAACUUGAAGGCCCUUAACUUGAGAAGUGUCCCCAUCUAACUUUUGGCACACUCUUGAAUCAUCAAAUUGGGGGGCAACCCUGUUUUAAUAGACUGUGCACACCAUGUAUAGUAAUGAUACAGUUUUCAGCAAUCCUGUUCCAUAAUUGCAUUCAGUGAUCAGAUGUGCUUCAUCAAUUUUUUUUCCUUUAGAAAAUUUGAACCAGAAAGGAAGACAAUUUUGGUUGACUUCAUGUCAAUAGAGCAAUCAACUCCAUCAAUCUCAAAAACUAAAACCUUCAAAGACGAGCUAGUGUAAUAAUGAAUUUUGUCUGCUUUAUUGUACAAAGUAAUUGAGUGGUGUUGUAUUAUUUUCACUUCUGUAUAAAUGCAGUAUAUUGUCUCAGUAAUAAUCUUCAGGUUGAUAUUCUAAUUCAUUAAUUCCUGGAUAUGGAAAGUAUAACUAUAUUAAAGUUUGUGUCAUCAAUAAAACUAUUAUGCUAUUUAAAAUAUUUAAUCAUUGUAAUAUGACAUUGUAAAAUGUAACAAUAACUGUAGUCUAAAGAUCUGAGGCUAAUGAUGGUACUUAGUUGAUAAAUGUGGAAUUUAUGCAAUUUCAGGUAUAACUGGAUUGACCUUCCAUUUAAAAUAUCCAGUCAACCAGGGGAGCACAUGAUUGUCCAUUCUUCACAUUCACAAUAUCUUCCUAUCUCAUAUUAUCUGGUGUAUUUAAAGAGUUUAAAUUGUGGCGUUGAAGGUUUUGCCAUUCAGAAUGCUCUAUUCAAUUAUUGUCAUGUGAAGAGUUUAUUUAAUUAAAAACAAAAGUUGCACAUAGUGUUAUCACAACAAUCUGCACAUCAAUACAUUCUUGACUUCUUACUAUCUUGUUUACUUCUUGAUCUGAA